UGUCUGCUCUGUGUGAACAGGGGAGGAGAUGCUGGAUUCGGGAGAAGGUCCGCCGCCAUUAUUGGGAAGCUGAAAAAAAAUAGACUUAUACACACACCGUCACACAUUUGGGCUGCACGGGGAUCAACGAUAGAAAGGAAAAUACAUCGCUUUGGGACGAGCUGUUGUGCGCUAACAAAGCGGCGCUUCGGUAACUGAAGGUAGAGCUUGUGGUCGCGUUUCAUUACGGACUCUUUUUAUUUUUGACACAACAAAGGAAAUAAUAAUUGGUCAAAACAACGUGGUGCUUGAACCAAGAAGGAAAAAACACACCGAAACAGCGCUUGUUCCAACGCCUCCCCCUUUUUCUCCUCGUUUCCAGCCGUGCUGAAAAGCCUGGAGUUUGAACAGCAUUUUUUUCUUCUUUUUCCUGACGAGAAUUUAGUUGUUUUUUCUGCUCUCCACAGAUAUGCAUCUCGUUCCUGAAAACUUCUGAUUAAAAACGAGCACCCAAUGUGGGAAGCAAUGGACAGAUAGGCUGUUUGUUGUAAAGAAGCGGACAAUAAUCGAUGUGAGUGCUGCUAGGAAGUGUUUUUGUCUGUUUUUUUUAAAGUCUUUCACCGGCUGAGUCGCAGAGGAGCACCCAGAGAAAGAAAGGAGUGGACCAGAGCUGGAGAGAGGGAGGAAUGCUAUGGACCAAACCCCAGCGCAGUGAGCUCCUCUUGCAUGGAAACCCUCCUUUCCUGGCAGCCUUCUCCUCUCCCUAGAGCUAGUGGCCAGCAUGGCAGGAUGAGCCUCUGCCAGCGAUGAUGAUGGCCAAAAAGCAAGAUGUCCGGGCACCCACCUACAACCUGGUCGUGGUUGGGCUGUCCGGCACGGAGAAGGAGAAAGGCCAGUGUGGUGUGGGCAAGUCUUGCCUGUGUAACCGCUUUGUCCGGCCAAGUGCAGAUGACUUCCAUCUAGACCACACCUCCGUUCUCAGCACCAGUGACUUUGGAGGCCGUGUGGUGAACAAUGAUCACUUCCUGUUCUGGGGAGAGGCCGGGCGAAUGCUGGAGGAGGGGCCUGAAUGCCGUAUGAAUGUGGUGGAGCAGACGGAGUUCAUUGAUGAUCAGACGUUCCAGCCACACAGAAGCACGGCGCUCCAGCCGUACAUUAAGAGAGCGGCUUCCACCAAACUGGCUUCGGCUGAGAAGCUGAUGUACUUUUGCACAGACCAGCUGGGACUGGAGCAGGACUUUGAGCAGAAGCAGAUGCCUGAAGGCAAGCUUGUGGUGGAUGGCUUCUUACUCUGUGUGGAUGUUAGCAGGGGUAUGAACCGGAGCUUUGAGGACCAGAUGAAGUUUGUUACCAACCUGUACAACCAGCUAGCCAAAACUAAGAAACCUGUGGUACUGGUUCUCACCAAAUGUGAUGAAGGAGUUGAGCGCUAUAUUAAAGACUCGCACACUUUUGCCCUAGCCAAGAAGAACCUACAGGUGGUAGAAACAUCAGCACGCUCUAAUGUCAACGUUGAUCUAGCCUUUCUUACACUGGUUCAGCUAAUAGACAAGAGUAGGGGAAAGCCCAAGAUCAUCCCUUACUUUGAGGCACUGAAACAGCAGAGUCAACAGAUUGCCUCAGCCAAAGACCGCUAUGAGUGGCUGGUCAACCGAAUUGUGAAGAAUCACAAUGAGACAUGGCCCACUGUCAGUCGCCGCAUGCAGUCUGCCCCUGAGUACAAGGACUAUGUUUUCCUUGAGGGGACAGCUAAAGCCAAGAAGCUCUUCCAGCAGCAUGUGCAUAGACUUAAACAAGAACAUAUAGAGAAACGUAGGAAGGUCUAUCUAAGUACUCUACCACAGGCCUUGUCAGUACUGUUACCAGAGUUGGAUGAGAUAGACCACCUGAGCUGGUCUGGGGUUCAGAAAGUCCUGGAGACAAAGAGAGAUUUCUCCCAGUGGUUUGUAGUGCUAGAUGACACCCCUUGGGAGACCACACCACACAUUGAUAACAUGGAGGAUGAUCGAAUUCCCCAAGACCUCCUGGAGACCCCCGCAGCUGAAUCUAUCUAUGAGACCCACCUGGAGCAGCUAAGGAAUGAGCGCAAACGGGCUGAGAUGAGAUGGGAGUUCAAGGAGAAGCUAAGUGUCUCUCCUUUCAUCACACCAGGGAAACCGUGGGAGGAGGCCCGAAGCUUCAUCAUGAAUGAAGACUUCUACCAGUGGCUGGAUGAGGCUGAAUAUCUGGAUAUCUACAACAAACACCAGAAGGAAAUCAUUGACCGAGCCAAAGAGGACUUUCAGGAGCUGCUUCUUGAAUACUCUGAGCUCUUUUACGAGCUGGAAGUGGAUGCAAAGCCAAGUAAAGAGAAAAUGGGAGCCAUUCAGGAGGUGUUGGGAGAGGAACAAAGGUUUAAAGCCCUACAGAAGCUGCAGGCAGAAAGGGAUGCUCUGGUGUUGAAACAUAUCCACUUUGUGUACCAUCCUACAAAGGACACCUGUCCCAACAGCCCCCACUGUGUGGACAGUAAGAUAGAGCAGAUCCUGGCCUCUAGAUUCCCUACCCGCUACCCAUCAUCAGAUAGUUCAAGACUGGAUUUGGGGAGGGCUGAAAGGAUAAAUCUUGUCAUCUUAGGGAAAGAUGGGCUAGCCAGAGAAAUGGCAAAUGAGAUAAGGGCCUUGUGCACCAGUGACGACCGGUACGUGUUAGAUGGCAAGAUGUAUGAGUUAGCCCUUCGUCCAAUAGAGGGCAAUGUACGUCUGCCAGUCAAUUCAUUCCACACGCCAACCUUUACACCCCAUGGUUGCCUGUGUUUGUACAACUCAAAGGAAUCCCUCUCUUAUGUUGUCGAGAGUUUAGAGAAGCUUAGGGAAUCAACUAUAAGCAGAAGGGAAAGGGAAAACAGCUUAGCCCAACUCCCGCUGUCCCUCCUUCUGGUCACCAAGCGGGGGGUGGGGUCCAUUGGAGACAUUGGAGGGGAGACAGCUCAGACUCUUAUCCAACAAGGGCAGCAGGUGGCUGGAAAGUUGCAGUGUGCCUACCUAGACCCUGCCUCUCCAGGCAUGGGAUACGGUCGCAACGUCAAUGAGAGGCAGAUCAACCAGAUGCUCAAGGGCCUCUUAGAAUCAAGGAGGAGUGUGGGAAGCAGCUCCCCUCCUUUACCCCCUCCAUCCUCUGCUUUCAGAGACUCUCAGUCCCAGCCGAUGCUAGAGGCAGACCUGAGGAUAGUCAUGUGCCUGAUGUGUGGUGACACAUAUGACAUAGACCAGCUCCUUGCUCCCUUCCUGUUACCCCAGCAUUGUCGUCCUGCCUCCAGCCUCAGCAGUGGCACCUCCGUUUUGCUGGAUCUCAGUAUAGGAGGUCAGAGGCAGAAUAUUGAGCUGUCACUGCUCUCCUUUCAUUCCUCAUUCUCGCUCCGCAAGACCAAGCUCGUCCAUGGCUACAUUGCAGUUUACUCUGCUCGCCGCAAGGCCUCUAUGGAGACAUUAUGUGCUUUUCUGUGUGAGGUCCAAGAUAUCAUCCCAGUCCAGUUGCUAGCAGUAGGGGAGAGCCAGAUGGAGCUAUCGGACUCAGAGUCAGCUAAGGAGCAGGUCAGUCAGGGAGAGGAACUGGCCCAUGAAAUAGAGGCCAGGUUUAACACAGUAAUAUGUGGACAUGGUGGGGUAGUGGGGGGCCUUCAUAAGAUAGACCUUUUCCAGUCCUUCUUCAAGGAGGCGGUAGAGAAGCGCACUAUUGUUGAGGCUACACACAUGUAUGACAAUGUGGCAGAGGCAUGUACCAAUGAGAGCAUCAGCCCUCGCUGUGGCUCUCCUAGUCCAGUUAACAUUCUCAUGGACUCAGAGGAUGAUAUCGAACCAUCACCACCUUACCCUACCUUGAGGGAGGAUGGCAGUCUCAGUUCCCACCUGGGAACCUUCAAGCUGCCAGAUCUGGAUUCAAGUGAUACCUUUUCUGUCAUUUCUGAGCUUAGCACCUUUGAGAGCAAGCUGAACAACAAGGUUCCUCCACAAGUGAAGCCCAAGCCUGUCCGUAAGGUUAACCUCGGCCCCUACAUGGACCAGCAGGGUGGCACCAACCGCCGCUCCUUGCCCCAAGCUGUCACCUGGGCUCCAGGUAGCGAUGGUGGCUAUGACCCCUCAGACUACGCAGAGCCCAUGGAUGCUGUGAGCAAACCUCGACCCACAGAGGAGGAGAAUAUCUACUCUGUCCCUCAUGACAGCACACAGGGCAAGAUUAUCACCAUCCGCAACGCAAACAAGGGUCACUCCAACGGGAGUGCUGGGGGGAAUGGCUCAGACAGUGAGGCUGAUAGCAGCUCACUGGAGCGCAGGAGAAAGUUGUCCGCCAUCGGGGUAAAGCCCAAGCUUUACAGAGACCGAUCCAAACGGCUUGGCAAGUUCAGCAGUUUCAGGACGAGCUUCUCAAUAGGCAGUGAUGAUGAGAUGGGCGGUCCACCCAAGGCUAGCCAGGAUGACGGAGGAGCCCAGAAAGACAACUCCAUCGAAGAGAGUGAAGACCCCAAAAGGAGAAAUAUUCUGAAGAGCCUGCGCAGAAAUGCAAAGAAACCACGACCCAAACCCAGGCAUUCCAUCUCGAAGCCCAUCGAGAGCAACUACUUUGGUAUGCCACUGUCCACCGUCGUCACUCCUGAGCGGCCGAUCCCCAUCUUCAUCGAGAAGUGCAUUCGUUUCAUUGAAACAACAGGGUUGAGCACAGAGGGCAUCUACAGGGUCAGCGGGAACAAGGCCGAGAUGGAGAGCAUGCAGCGGGAAUUUGACAAAGAUCACAACCUGGACCUGGUGGAGAAAGACUUCACCAUGAACACAGUAGCCGGAGCCAUGAAGGCCUUCUUCUCUGAGCUACCUGAGCCUCUGGUGCCCUACAGCAUGCAGGGAGAGCUGGUGGAGGCCUUCAAGAUCAACGAUAGGGAGCAGCGCUUCCAGACGAUGAAGGACAUUCUGCGCCGCUUCCCCAAGGAGAAUUACGAGGUCUUCAAAUAUGUCAUCAGCCACUUGAACAAGGUGAGCCAGCACAAUAAGCUGAACCUGAUGACCAGUGAGAACCUGUCCAUCUGUUUCUGGCCCACACUCAUGAGACCAGACUUCACCACCAUGGACGCCCUGACUGCCACCCGCACCUACCAGACAAUCAUCGAGAGCUUCAUCCACCAGUGCGCGUACUUCUUCUACAAUCAGCCUCUGGCCGACGGCCUCCCCGGCUCCCCCACCUCUACGCUCUCCUCUGGGGGCGGAACCUCGGCCUACUCCUGCAUGGCUGGAGGCUACUCAUCCUCACCGACUCCGUCCCCGACUCCCUACGUCCUCCCGGCCACCCCUCCUGUUAUCCCACACUACGGCCCUCCUAUCCACCACCAACACCACCACCACCACCACCAUCAACAUCAGUCCCCACCCCACUCUCCACCUCCUACUCCUCAGUCCCCGAUCCCAGCCCUGCUGCCGCCCUCGCUGCACCCCCAUCACCCCCCUACGGAACAACACACGCUGUGAACCAGGGAUCAAGGGAAAGAGGAAAAAAAAAAAGACUGAUAACGAGAUUCAGAGAGAUUUAAGGGUUUAGAAUAAGAGAUUUUGAAGUUUGGGAAGGAAUUGAAGAUAAAUUGAAACGAGAACAGGAGGUAGGAAGAGAAGUCGGGAGAGAUUGAGUGAGAUGCAGUAUGUACAGGGAGAAACCUACACGUUUGGGAGAAGACAGGGGCGUUUGACCCUCUGUUGCUUUUAGAAAAAUGGACACACACACAAGGAAGAAAAGGGGAACACUGAAGAGCCUCUGAACUGGCAGUAUGAUCUUUCCCCCUCCUCGCCACUUUAUCCCUUUGUCUCUCAGUCUCACUUCAUCUAGACCUGCCCUCCUUGCCUUAUAGAGAACCUACACACAAACACACUAAUGAGUGAGACGUUGCCAGUAACUGUCAAAGGGACUCAGGGAGGGAAAUGGAAGUGAGGUGGAAAGGAGAAUGUGAACUCUUGUUAUGUUGGGAUUACUUCACCACACACACAAACAGACACACACUUGACACAAACACCCAGUGGCCGGUGUGCCUCCGACAACCAUUCUCCUCAAUCGCUUCGCCUCUAACUGCGCUUGGAAAUUUGGUGGACGGCGCCCGUCUUUUUGCAAUCCGACCCACCUACUGUACUGACCUGGGAGGCUGUGGCUGGGACAAAGUGGAGCAGAGAGCAAGUCCUGAACACGUUUGUUUAUUUCGCCACUGUACAGAGGACUUAAGCAAGAAACACGUGUUACCACUCAUCCGACAGGAUGUUCUGUCCUCCGCGACACACGCAUUCCUAUCUAUCAACCCCUCACAGAGCCACACACACGCAGACAAAUUCAGUUUCAGUUGAGGCAGUAUGCCAAGCACAGAAUAAAAAAAAAAUCUCAACCGACCGGAUCUUCUAGGCAGCAAAUUGGAGCAAAGGAUUUUGGGAACAUCGCUUUGCAUUCUGGGAAGGCUCCUCCCAGUCUCCUGUUUGUUCUCUCUCUCUGGGUUUGAACUUCAACCUCAUGCCCUGUCCAUGUAAACACAGUAAUUGGUCUAAAUCUUGAUUCUAUAUUGAGAUUCCUACUGUCCCGAUGCGUUUUUUUAUUCUGUCCCUCAUUUGACAAAAUCUUGGGAAACAGAGAAACCCGGGCCCAUCGCUCAAUGAGUGGCCUUGUCUGUAAGUGUCUGUGUGACUGUCUAUCUGUCUGCGUGUGCAUGUAUCCAUGCCUUUUUGGUUUACCUGAAUUUCCCUGCAUUAGGCAGAUAGUGGGAAUAAUUCUAGUGUUGGACCUUCACCUGUCAUGUCGCUUCUUUCACGCUGUGGUGGUUUUUACGAGCGAGUUCAGUGCUGCAGUUAUCCACAGUGAGGACCUUGUUCAAAAAGCACUUUUCUGAGCACUUUGAAGGCACAUUUUAAAUUGGAGCUGCCAUGACAUGACAGCCACCGUUCACUUUAUUGUCAGUCCGCCCUACUCUCUCUCUCUCUGGGAGCACACCACUGACAUCUAGAGGAAGAAAUGGGUAUCGCAGCCAUAACCUCACAUCCACUACUGCAUGGGCGUAGCACCAUUUUCCUACUGUGGUUUUUGUAGCGUCAGAUUCUCUUCUAGGUGCAAUUGUCAUGAUUUUUCAUCACUGUAUAUCAGGUAAAAUUAACUUUAGAGCUCAUGAAAUGUAAGAGUGUAAAAAUAAGAAACGACGGCAGUUUUAAAUCUGGUACAAAUCAAUGAGAUUAUAUAGAUUCAAGCUCUGUAGCCACAUGUGGUUACAUUGCAGUUGAUUAGACGUGCAGUGAAUAAAAUUGCCUCUCUGUCUUUUGUUGUUAGUUUCCACUUCACCAAAGCACUCAGCCCUUUGCAAAGGAGUACAUGCCGCUUCCCAGACGCCAUAUUUGAGUGGAAGGAAAUGAAGACUUAGGAGAUUGAGGCACAAUGUAGCAUUACAGGCCAGAGAGUAAGAGCUGGAAGCGAGGCUUUUCGCUUUGACAGGCGGGAGGAGAGGCUUUUUAUUGUUGGAAAUAAUUGGUAACCACAGCUCCACGCCUCAGCACGCUGUCCUCUUAGGACACAGCGUCAUGCCUCCAGAAAGGAGACUCAAACCUGCUCUCUGUGGACUUGAAAUAUAAUUUGCAAGAGUGUAACCACUACACCAGACUCCCCCCGCUGUCACUGUUAUGCCACCACAUCCCCCUAGUCAUUCCUAGUCCAAGAGAGACAGUUGGGUCUGGGAGAGACAGCAGACAGAACAGACAGUCCAUUCAUCCGUCUGCAUGACUGGAACGGAGCAUCACAGAAUUCCUCGGCCCAGCCUGCUGUUACCGUAGAAACCAGCGAGAUGGGGCUCGAGGAGAAUUGCUGAGCCCUGAUCGAAGCAGCUUUUGAAGUGUGUGUGUGUGUGUGUGUGUGUGUGUGUGUGUGUGAGAGAGAGAGCUUGAGAAAGUGCGUGUGCAUGUGAACCUAUGUGUGUUAAUGUUAAGCAGAUGCUCGCCAAGGUCACUUAUUCUGUUUGACACUGAAUUGCCUCUCUGCAUGUCUCCGCAGACUGUCCUCUCUGCCCAAAAGGAAAAAGAGAAAAACCUUUUAACCAAUCACUGAACUCCUAAAGGAGCUUUUAUAAGUCUACACUACCUAUUUACCUUGUGUGUGGGUGUAUUUGUGUGUGCGUGUGAUUAGAGGAUAGAGGAAUUAAGAGUGUGUGUUUGGGUGGGUGGGUUUGAGCUAACAUGCUAGCAAGCUGUGCUUGGCAGACGGCCAGACACCAGCGUGAUCCAAAUAAACGUGAAGGAGAGGAAUGCAGUUCUCCUUGCGGUCAUUACCCCGCUGUGUAACCCUGUUAGCUCGUCCAGAUUACACACACUGAUCCUCAGAGAAAGUGUGAGAGAGAUGGGGGAGAUUGGGGAGAGCAAGAGGGAGGGAAGACAGACAGCAAACGGGUGAAUGGGAUCAUUAUUUGGGAGACGGAAGGAGGAAGGAGGGGUGACCACUGGUACUUGUGUGUGAACGCCAGCCAGUGGCGUUGCCUGUGUAUAUCAAUGUGUUAAUACUGAACUGACUGUGAGGCAGCCAAAGACUGUGGAAAAAAGGGUCGAGGGAGAGAUGGGAAGCAAAGUGACAGUUUAGAAGAACAAUUGAAUUAAAAAUGUGACUUUGGUUCAGCGAUAUUAUGUGGCUGCAUUGCUUUUAUUUUUCUAUUUUGUUUUGUUUUGCAACAAUGGUGACAGAUGUCUGUUAAGUUAAAAUGAGAAACAAGCAAAACUAUAUUCAAAUGGUUGUUUAUUGGUAUGUUAGGGGGUCUAACACUUUGCCCUUUAGUCAGUGGUGAUAGAAAAAAAAAGUUUCUUUUUAUGUUUUAUUUUAAUAAUUAAAAAAUACAAAGCAUUUUUUUUUUUUUUAACAAUUUCUUUGUGAACGAUUGAGAGACCAGCCCAGUAUAGUGCAUGAUUUCUUCCCAACCAAGGAAGAGGGCUCCACCACUCUCACUAUUUAAGAGAUGAUUAAAAAAAAUAUUAAGAAAUAAUGGGGGAAAAGAAAAUAAUAAAAAAAUGAAGUACUGUAAAGUGAAAAGAUAACAUCAAACAAAAAAACUGUCAUUAUUUGCUGAGUAUGGUAAUUUGUCUCAAUGGGAAUGGUGUAUACAGCAAGGCCUUAUGUGAUCUGUAUCAUAGUUAAUAAAUCAAAUCUUGUAAAGCUU